AUGACAGAGCUGGAAGUUAGCUCUGGAAAUUUAGCUUUGGCGAGAGUAACUCUGCUCUGGAAAACGAACUCUGGUGCGUCAGCUCUGGAACAACAUGACAGAGCUGGAAGCGUAUUAGUUUUUGAUCCAGAAAUCGAGAAGACCGCACGAAAGUUGAAGAAGCAAGCUAAGGAGUGGAAAAAGAGAUCCAAUUCUGCUCCACCGAGUCUUGAGGAUCAAGAAGAAAUUGAAGAUCCAAUGGGUGACCGUAAUAAUAGGGAUGAGGAGAACGAUAGAGAGAUCGUUGAUCCUCGACAGGAACCACCUCAACUGAUCAGAGAGUUAGGCCGUCAUAGAAGCAAUCGCCCUUUGUGCAUUGUCCUUCCUGCCAUUAAUGGCAACGCUGAAAUACGGCCUGGUUUCAUUCAAGUGCUACCCAAAUUCGGUGAUUUACCUGGAGAGAGUGCACACAAGCAUCUGGGUAGAGCGAGAGAUUGGCUUUUUGAUCUUCCUCCUGGUUCGAUUAGAACUUGGGGAGAUUUAGAAGAACAAUUCUUGCGAAAAUUCUUUCCUGAGUCCAGAGCAGCAAAUUUGAGAAUGACCAUUAGCAGCAUUAAACAGAAGAAGGCGGAGAGUCUAGCCGAUUAUUGGGAGAGAUUCCAACAGCUGUGUCGCAAGUGUCCUGAUCAUGGAUUUUCUGACUACCAAUUGCUUACUAACUAUUUUUAUCGUGGUAUGUCUUCUUUUGAUAGGAAAAUUGUUGACGCUGCUUGUGGUGGAAGCUUGACCAAUAAAAAUUUGGACGAAGCAAAGCAACUCAUCGUUGACAUGGUUUCAAAUGGCCAACAAUAUGAGGAUGAGGAUGAUGAUCGUUAUAGGCCAGUGCAGAAAGUAGAAGAUUCCAACAUGAACGAGAGAAUUGAUGCUCUCACCUCUUUAGUUAGAGGACUUGCUGAUAAUAAUACUGAGCAAGCGUGCAUGGGAUCCGCUGAUGAGCAAGAGAUGAACGCACAAAGGCAAAGGCGAAACGACCCUUUUUCCAACACCUACAAUCCAGGGUGGAGAAAUCACCCAAAUUUUAGGUGGAGACAGCAGGAACCAGGGAUGUACGCGCCGAAUCCGCCGCAGGCUGGACAGUAUGCCCAUACCGCACGUCCUGCACCGAGUUCUGCACCCAAUAUGAACGAUAUCAUGAAGAGCCUCGCCCAGAGCAGUGAAAUUGUGAAGAAUUUGGUGCAAAGUCAGCAGGCAUUCCAGCAUGAAACUCAGGCAGCGUUGAGUAAUAUGGGCACACAAAUCACGCAGUUAGCCACUCAGGUGAACAAGCUGCAGGCGAAUCAAGGCCGACUUCCUUCUGUCACGGAGAUGAAUCCCAAGGAAAAUGCAAGUGUUGUAACUACAAGAAGUGGGAGAAUUCUAGUUGAGCCACAACCUAAGCAGCAGGACAAAGAAGAAAAGCUCGAUGAAGCCAAGGACAAUGCAAUUAGUGAGAAGUCACCAGAAUCCACCGAACCUAGCUCUUCUAAGGUAAGUGGAAAACCUAAGGUUUCAAUUCCUCAAUCAUUGAUUGCACCACCUUUUCCUUCUAGGUUGGCUCAGAACAAAAGAAUUGAAGAAGAGAAGGAUAUUCUAGAAAUCUUCAAAAAGGUAGAAAUAAACUUGCCCUUGCUUGAUGCAAUUAAGCAAGUUCCCAGGUACGCAAAGUUUUUAAAAGAGUUAUGCUCUAAGAAAAUGAAGUUUGGGAAUGAUGCGAAAAUUCGAGUGAGUGAGAAUGUUUCUGCUGUUCUUCAAAGAAAAUUGCCCCAAAAGUGUCGAGAUCCUGGUAUGUUCACCAUUCCAUGCAUUAUAGGUAAUAAGACUGUUGAGAGAGCCAUGUUAGAUUUAGGAGCGUCCAUAAAUGUCAUGCCUUAUUCUGUGUAUAAGGAUUUGCAAUUAGGACCUUUGAAAGACACUCGUGUUAUCAUUCAGUUAGCUGAUAGGUCUACUGCAUAUCCCGAAGGUGUUGUUGAGGAUGUCCUUGUCAAGGUCAAUGAUUUGAUUUUUCCUGUGGAUUUUUAUAUUGUUGAUAUGGAUGAUUCUGCCUCUGCUAAGCAAUCUUUGAUUCUUUUAGGGAGACCAUUCAUGAAAACUGCUAAGGCAAAAAUUGAUGUGGAUAGUGGAAUGCUUAGCCAUGAAUUUGAUGGAGAUAUUGUCACAUUUAAUAUUUUUGAGGCUAUGAAGCAUGUUGAGGAUCCUGAAUCUGUGUUCAUGAUUGAUGUUAUUGACCCUUUGGUUGAGGAAUUUGUUAAGAAUUUCAGGGAGGAUGAGCUUGAGCAGGUUAUUUUCAGUUCCCUAACUGAAGAGAACAUCAAAACUGAGGAGAAUGAAGCCAUUAGAGAGAUUAUCAUGCAGCUGUACUCAACGGAGGAAAUUCCAGUUCGGCACUUGUCGAGCAGGAUGCCCAUACCGACCAGCACAGAACCGAUUUUGCCCUCUGUUGUGAAGCCACCAAAGCUGGACUUGAAGUUACUGCCCCAGCAUCUGAAAUAUGUGUUUUUAGGAGAGGAUGACACGCUGCCAGUGAUCAUCAGCAAUGAACUCAGUGCAGAACAAGAGGUAAGGUUGGUAAGUCUUCUUAAGAUGCAUAAAUCUGCCAUUGGAUGGACUAUAGCCGAUAUCAAAGGUAUUAGUCCCUCUACUUGCAUGCAUAGAAUCUUACUUGAGCCUAAUAGUAAGCCGUUUAGGGAUCCGCAAAGAAAAUUGAACCCUGUCAUGAAAGAAGUUGUGCUUAAAGAAAUUCUUAAAUUGCUUGAUCUAGGGAUUAUUUAUCCGAUUUCUGAUAGUACAUGGGUCAGUCCUGUUCAUGUGGUUCCUAAGAAGUCUGGUUUUCAAUUGGUCAAGAAUGAGAAUAAUGAGUUGAUUCCCAUGAGGUUGCAAACUGGUUGGCGUAUGUGCAUUGAUUUUAGGAAGUUGAAUGAUGCUACUAGGAAAGAUCAUUUUCCAUUACCUUUCAUUGAUGAGAUGCUUGAGCGAUUGGCUGGUAAGGAAUUCUUUUGUUUUCUUGAUGGCUACUCUGGAUAUUUUCAAAUUUUUGUAGCUCAGGAAGAUCAAGAGAAAACCACUUUUACUUGUCCUUUUGGCACUUUUGCAUGGCGUCGUAUGCCGUUUGGAUUAUGUAAUGCUCCUGGUACUUUUCAGCGUUGUAUGAUGAGUCUAUUUUCUGACAUGAUUGAGAGUUGCAUAGAAAUUUUCAUGGAUGAUUUUACUGUGCAUGGAGACUCUUUUGACCAUUGUUUGACUAAUCUUGAACAAGUUUUGCAAAGAUGUGUCGACACUAAUUUGGUGUUGAACUUUGAGAAAUGUCAUUUCAUGGUGAGAGAGGGGAUUGUUCUUGGGCAUGUGAUUUCUGCAAGAGGAGUAAAAGUUGAUAAGGCGAAAAUUGAUUUGAUUGUUAAGUUACCUUAUCCUUCUAAUGUGAAAGAGAUUCGUGCUUUCUUAGGCCAUGCAGGUUUUUAUAGGCGCUUCAUAAAAGACUUUGCAAAGACUGCUCAACCUCUCACUAGGUUGCUUCAUCAAGAUGUGUCUUUUGUGUUCGAUGACAAGUGCAAGGAGGCCUUUGAUUUGUUGAAGAGUAGACUCACUUCUGCCCCCAUCAUUCAACCACCAAUUUGGGGAGAGCCUUUUGAAAUCAUGUGCGAUGCAAGUGACUUUGCCGUUGGAGCAGUGCUAGGGCAGAAAGUUGGGAAAGAGAGCCAUGUGAUUUACUAUGCUUCCAAAACUCUCAACCCGGCUCAAUGCAAUUACACAACCACGGAGAAGGAGCUUUUAGCCAUCGUUUUUGCUUGUGAAAAAUUUAGAUCUUAUUUGAUUGGCUCUAAAGUUGUUGUUUAUUCUGACCAUGCAGCUCUUAAGUAUUUGCUCUCUAAAAAAGAAUCUAAGCCUCGCUUGAUCCGUUGGAUUCUGCUUUUGCAGGAAUUUGACUUGGAGAUUAAAGAUAAAAAGGGAGCCGAGAACUUGGUAGCUGACCAUUUGAGCAGACUGCAGACUGUGUCAGACGGUAUGCCCAUACCAGACGACUUUCCAGACGAACAGCUGCUGCACAUCGACGGUAACACUCCUUGGUAUGCUGAUUUGGUUAAUUUUCUAACUGCUGGAGUUUUUCCUAAGGGAAUGGAGACAGCCCGUAAGAAUAAGUUGAGGAGCCAAGCAAAAUACUUCAUAUGGGAUGAUCCUUAUUUGUGGAAGACCUGUGCGGAUCAAGUGAUACGACGUUGCAUCCCUGAUGAGGAGAUUCAUUCCAUUUUGAAUUUUUGCCAUGCUCAUGCUUGUGGAGGUCACUUUGGUCCCAAACGAACAGCACGUAAGAUUCUUGAUUGUGGUUUUUAUUGGGAAACUAUUUUUAAGGAUUCUUACAAUUUCUGCAAAAAUUGUGACAAGUGCCAAAGAACAGGUAAUAUCUCUUCUCGCAAUGAAAUGCCUCAAGUCCCUAUUUUGGUUUGUGAAAUCUUUGACGUUUGGGGAAUGGAUUUUAUGGGACCGUUUCCUAGUUCUUUUGGAAAUUCUUACAUUCUUUUGGCUGUUGAUUAUGUUUCGAAGUGGGUGGAAGUGAAGGCCACCCGCACUAAUGACUCUAAAGUUGUUGCAGGGUUCCUUAAAGCUAAUAUUUUUAACAGAUUUGGAGUGCCCUGUGCCAUCAUUAGCGAUCAAGGAACUCAUUUUUGCAACCGCACUUUGGAAGCACUUUUCAAGAAAUAUGGAGUCCAUCAUCGAGUUGCCACAGCAUAUCAUCCACAAUCCAACGGUCAGGCUGAAGUUUCUAACCGAGAAAUCAAGAGCAUCCUUGAGAAAACAGUCAACCCGAGACGAAAGGAUUGGAGUUUGAGACUGGACGAUGCGGUAUGGGCAUACCGCACUGCAUUCAAGUCACCGAUUGGUAUGUCUCCGUACAGGCUGAUUUUUGGGAAGCAAUGUCAUCUACCUGUUGAGAUGGAGCAUAAAGCUUUUUGGGCCGUGAAGGAAUUCUGUUUAGAUGAGAAAGUUGUUGGCAAAGAGCGGAAAUUUCAACUGCAAGAAUUAGAGGAGAUUCGAUUGGAGGCGUAUGAUCAUGCAAGUCGUUACAAGGAACGAACUAAAUUUCUACAUGACAAAUACAUUCGAAGGAAAUCCUUUGAAGUUGGGCAGAAGGUUCUCUUGUUUAACGCACGCUUAAGGAUUAUGCCAGGAAAAUUGAAAUCUCGUUGGUUGGGCCCGUUUGAAGUUGUUAGUGUAAGUCCUCAUGGAGCUGUGGAAAUCCAAAGCCUCGAAACACGAAAGUGUUUUAAGGUUAAUGGACAAUUACUCAAGCCAUACUAUGCUGGAGUCGAGAUGGAGUCGUUCAAUGCGCUCAGCCUGACGUCUCCAACCAUUGUCUAAGGAUUUUGAACUUCUUUUCUGUCCAGCCAAGGACGUUAAAUAAAGGCGCUCAUCGGGAGGCAACCCGAUUUUUCUUGCCCUUGUUUUGUUUAUUUUCGUUUUUUCUCAAAAAAAAAAAAAAAAAAAAAAAAAAUCUUGGGGUGUGUUUUGGUCAAUUUCGCAGGUUUGGGGGUUGCCCUCCAGUUUCUGAAAAGUUGGGGGCCAAGGUGCAAAUUCUAGAACUAGGGUUUUUGACUAAAGUCAAAAUUCCCUCAAUUUGGUUUCCCCCAACGCCACCCCCUCCAUUCCGCCGCUGCUCCGUCCGUCCACCCCUGCCCCGACCACCAGCGAACCGCCCAACCACCAUUCCUCAUCGCCGGAAGCUUCAGCCCCUCAUCCACCUACAUGAUUCCAUUUCAGGGAAGUUUCUUUCUUUUUGCUUUUCGUUUUUGAAGCUUUUGAUUUCUUUUAGUUGUCUGCUGUUGUUUCUGUUUUGGUCUGUCAUACUCUCACACAAUGAGGACAUUGUGUUGUCCAAGUGUGGGGGGGGUGUCUUUGUUUUGUGUGUCUUUGCUUUGUUGCUAUGUUGGUUUUCUUGUCAGUUUCGAGUUCUUUGGCAAUGUUAUGAUGAUGAUGUGAAGAGUUGAGAUUAUGAUAUUGGAUUUGGUAUGAUAGGCUGUUGCUCUUGUGAUGGAAUUGUGCAUAUGUUCGUAGGUGUUCUUGUAUGAGAAAAACGUGCAAAAUUUGAUCAAAAAUACUUGAAGCCUACUAAAUUGUGAGGAUUGAGCCUUAAUGAGCACACAUGACUAGCUCCAAUUGUUUCUUUGAUGAGUGAUUGAUUCGAACUUCUAUGCUGAAUUUCUGGUUUGCCCUGUUGCCAUAAUCAAGGCUGAGUUUGAGAACUUAAUGCAUGAAAAUGAUUAAGGCAUUUAGGAAUAACCAUUGUUUGGCCUGAACAUAUUAUCCGAACCUUCACGAUUCCCUUAGUGAGCCCGUUUGUGCCUAAUUUGCUCAUGUUUUGUUUGAUUAAAACUCACAUAUAUUGAGCCUUAGCCUAUUUUAGCCUGCUUUUGUCCUUUGAAAACAUGUGAAUGCACUAGGUUAUGACAAGAUGAGAAAUGAGUAUUUCUAUCAUUUUAGUGUGUUGAGUGAUGAUUCAUUGAGUUAUUGGGG